AUGCCACCAAGAUGUCCCACCUUGCAAGGGACACUGGCGCCAUUCCUCUACCCAUUCCUUAUCUCCAAUGCAACCAAGUCGAGCGUCCGGCCCAUUUUCAAUUGCAUCCGCCGUUAUGAGAGCACGAGCGUCGAAUCUGUCCAACAGCUCCCAGAAGAGGGUUCUCACUUAAACCCACCACCUACCGACUACUCGCGGACAAUCUUCACCGAUCGUGCAACAGUCACAUUAUAUGCCGGCGCAGGAGGCCAUGGCUGCAUCUCUUUCCUCCGAGAAAAGUACAUUGCAGCGGGACCAGCAAACGGCGGUGAUGGGGGCAGCGGAGGCAAUAUCUACAUACAAGCCGUACGUGGCGAGACGUCACUACACAAGCUUGCUCGACGCAACAUACUAAAAGCUAGACGUGGCAAGAAUGGGCAAGGAAAGGCUCGUGGAGGAGAACGUGGAGACGACAUUGUGUUACAAGUUCCAGUCGGGACCGUCGUCCGAGAAAUCGAGCGUAUAAACCCAGUGGCAAUCGAAGAGCAGAGACUGAAGCUUGAAGCGGGAAAAGAAGAUGGCGUUGAUGCGUCCGGACCCUGGAAAUGGAGCCAGGACAAAUGGCUGCUGUAUCCUGCUACAACACCAGAAGAUAUUGCGACGGCGGAAUUCCCUUCUUUGCCGAGGGGAAGGAAAUCCGCGUUGGCCAUGUCGCAGGUAAAAGCUCCUAUAUCUUUGGAUUUGACCGUGCCAAUGGAGACACCUCUCUUGCUGGCUGCCGGAGCUAUUGGCGGUUUGGGGAAUCCGCAUUUUGUUACGAAGACUGUGCCGAGGCCGAAGUUUGCUACGAAAGGGGAACAGGGUGUGAAAAUUACGUUAGAGUUGGAGUUGAAGCUUUUGGCUGAUGUUGGGUUGGUGGGUCUGCCAAAUGCUGGGAAGAGCACGUUGUUGAGAGCUAUGAGCAAGAGUCGAGCCAGAGUUGGGAAUUGGGCGUUUACAACACUGCAGCCAAAUAUUGGAACUGUGGUCUUGGACAAUCAUAAAGGUCGACCAUUGUCACAGGCGAAGUAUGGCGAUGGAGAACCAAGGACGAACUUUACAAUUGCGGAUAUUCCAGGUCUGGUGCAAGAUGCUCAUUUGGAUCGUGGUCUGGGGAUCAGUUUCUUGCGGCAUGUUGAGAGAGCAAGAGUUCUUGCUUUUGUGAUCGAUUUGAAUGCAGGUGAUGCUGUGGAAGCUCUAAAAGGACUUUGGAAAGAAGUCGGCGAGUACGAACGGAUGAAAAUCGAAGAGCAGAAAGAACAGUCGGAUCCAAUCGUCCACUGGUCACCGUUCACUUCUGUUGAAGACGCUUUGGCGAAUCGUCAAGAAACGAUUGCCGUUACAUCUGGGCCUACUUUUGAAACCCCUCUUGCUCCAGCAGCACCGAGCAUUGCUGGCAAACCGUGGUUUGUAGUAGCAACCAAAGCGGAUCUGCCUGGAACCAAGGAGAACUUUGAGGCUUUGACAGCGUACUUGGAACUUGUUAACAGUGGCGGGGAAGAGCACCCCAGUGGGCAACAGAAGCCAUGGGAAGGGAAAGUGGAGGGGAUUCCGAUCAGUGCUAUCAACGGCCAUGGUGUGGAGAGAAUCACGGAGUGGACGAUUGGGCUGCUUGACGAUUAA